AUGUCAAAGGACACCAAACAUCCGUCAGACUCCAUUGAUACCUCGCCUGUCGAUGACUUUCCCGAAAGAAACACAACUUUGGGUGAUCUGGAGCAUAUGUUGAGAGACCAGCAAUACUUCAGUCAGAGCUACGGUAGACCUGGAAUCAAGUCUUUUGUGAAGUCGCCUGUCGUUGUGCUCUGCUCCUGGGCAGCAGCUGUCUGCGGGUUUCUGUACGGAUACGACCAGGGGCUCAUCAAUGUGACUCUGAUCAUCGAUGAUUUUCUCAACUCAUUCCCGGAGGUAAAUCCAGAACAAUCACCCAGAGCGGCUUUCUACAAGGGCUUGGUCACAGCAAUAUUUGAAUUGGGUGCGGUAGUCGGAGCUUUGCAAUCCGCAAUCUUUUGUGAUCGCAUCUCUCGUCGAUAUACUAUCAUCGUGGCUGUGUUUUGGUACCUUGUUGGCAGUGCCCUGCAAGCUGGUGCAGUGAAUUACACGAUGUUGGUAUUUGGGCGCCUGAUUGGGGGAGUGGGCGUUGGUGGAGCAUCGAUGAUUGCGCCACUGUAUAUUUCAGAAAUUGCUCCACCGCACAUCCGUGGGGCUCUUUACACUCUGCAGCAGUGGAUGCUGAUCCUGGGAAUUGUAUCUGCAUACUAUACCACUUACGGUGCUCGGCAUAUUUCUGGCCAUUGGUCUUGGCGGACCGCAUUUGUCGCUCAAAUGCUUCCUGGUACAGUUUUGCUCGGAAUCGUUUUGGUGUUGCCCUUCUCUCCUCGCUGGCUGGGCAUUAAAGGGAGAGACCAAGAAUGCCUUGAAACUUUGUCAAAACUUCGUUGCCUUCCGGAGAGUGAUGCAAGGAUUCAGGCGGAGUGGAUCAACAUCCGAUGCGACAUUUUACUCCAACAACGUCUCAACGGACGCUGGCGAGAGCACUCGACCGGAGGUUCUUCCUUUUGGCAGCAAUGCAAAGCUGAGGGGCGAAAAUGGGGAAACUGUGUUUCAUCGCGAUACAUCAAACGCAUUUAUAUAGGGAUUGUUCUCAACGCUUUUCAACAAUGGGUUGGUGUCAACGGCUUCACAUAUUAUUCAACCACUCUUUUUGCGCAGCUUGGUUACGACUAUGAGCAGCGACUUACUUUAUCGGGACUCCUUUCGAUUGUUCAACUCAUUGGGUCCACUGUUCCGGUGUUCAUUAUCGAUCGUAUCGGUAGGAGACCCCUCCUGCUUUUCGGAACAUUCAUGUUGAUGUCAUGUCAUAUCAUCAAUUCCGUGAUCGUUGGAAUCUCCUAUACGGACUGGCCAGCGCACCAGGCCAGCGCUAAAGCUGGAACAGCAUUCAUGUUCCUUUUCAUGUUCUUUUUUGAAACCUCCUGGGGUCCCAUUGCCUGGGGCCUUCCAAGUGAGAUCCUUCCAUCUAUCGUCCGCGCCGAGGGAAUGGCACUCAGUACGGCAUCUAACUGGUUGAGCAACUUUGUCGUCGGGCUUAUAGUGCCAUCUUUGGUCGCUGCCGCCCCCUACGGAUCGUUCGCACUCUUCUCCUGCACUUCUCUGUGUGCUUUGAUCUGGGUGUUCUUCUUUGUACCCGAGACAAAGGGAACAAGCUUGGAGGGCCUAAGUCUUCUAUUCAAGGACAAUGUUUAUGAAGAGGAAGCAGCUCAACGAAACGAACUCAUAUCAGAAUUGAUCCGAACGCAUGCUCCCCUGGGACAAUCUGAAAAGUAA